UCCAACUUGAUUCACAGAUCUCUGAAAGACGAUUCUCCUUCAGCCGUCGUGUUCACUACUGGACUGAUUUUGACUUUCUCGCGAAGACGGCAACAAAGCAUGAUGUUUCUCCUCCAAUGACUUUGUGGCCCCCUUUGAUGUCCAUAGAGCUUGAGAUGGAUGCAAACAAUCGUCCUAACUACAGAUUCAUGUAACUUGUAUUUUAUUUUUUCUGGGUUUAGGUGCUUUCAUGCGAUUUUCCUACUUAUAACAAUGCCGAAGGUGGGUCUAUCGUGUAAGAAUCCUUGCCUUUUUUGUUGUUGGUUUCAUUUUCCUUUUGUAUCAUAAUUUUUUCAUUAAUAUAUUUUGAACCUUCUAAUAGAAGGCGAGAUUCGACAUAGUGGCUGGAUCUGUGACUUUGAGAUCUGAAAUCUUCCUGAACGACAGGUGAAAUUUUCCUAUCUUGGGGAAGCGGAGAACUUCAAGGUAAGUGACUUUGGGUGCAAAGUUGAUUCCAAGUUGAAUCAGUGACAACCUUUCUUGCAAAGGAAGGCGAAGAAGAAGAAGAAGAAGAAGGAGAACAUGAGUAAAAACAGAAUAGAACUAGUCUUCCUUCCAAUUCCGUUCAUGGGUCACAUAGUUUCAAUGACCGAGCUGGCCAAGCACCUCAUGGCUCGAGACCCACGCAUCUCCAUUACUAUUCUCAUCUUAAACUUCCCCAGCACCCCAGAUGUCAAAGCUCGCAUCCAAUCUCUCUCUACUUCCCUCGCCGGAAUCCACUUCAUCGAACUGCCUCACCUCGACCUACCUUCACCGGACACGGCUCAGAGCCCAGAAGCCAUGGUAUCCAUCUUCAUAGAGGGCAACAAACCAUUUGUCAAGAACACAAUCGCCCAACUCUUCUUCAAUCCCGAGACAUCCGAUUCCAAACCAUCUGGACUCACCGGGUUAAUCAUCGAUAUGGCGUGUACAGCCAUGAUCGACGUAGCCACCGAACUCAGGAUCCCUUCCUUCAUCUUCUUCACAUGUAGUGCUUGCAUGCUGGGUCUCUUUCUCCAUCUCCCGGCACUUGAUACCUCCAUCAACUCCGAUUUCAAGGACUCGGAGACUGAGUUAAUUAUCCCGAGUUUCAAGAACUCAAUCCCACCCCAGGCCUUGCCCCUGGCUUUAUGGUGCAAAAACAAAGACGGGUUUACCUGGACCGUCUACCACGGCUGCAGGUUCAGGGAAGCGAAGGGGAUUAUCAUAAACACAUUUGCUGAGCUUGAACCCUUCGCGGUUCAAUCGUUGUCCUCAAACGGUUCGACCCCACCGGUAUACCCGGUUGGGCCGUUGCUCGAUCUUCAGGGUCUGAUUCAGUCGGAAUACGAUCAGACGCAAUUCAGUAGCGCAAAGAAAUGGCUGGAUGAUCAGCCCACGUCAUCGGUUGUGUUCCUGUGCUUCGGCAGCAUGGGGAGCUUCAGUGCACAACAGGUGAAGGAGAUAGCGGCUGGGCUUGAUAGAAGUGGGCAACGGUUCCUGUGGUCAUUGCGCCAGCCACCACAGUUCGGCCAAGUUUCUCGUACAGAAUACACGAAUUUUGAGGAGGUUUUGCCGGAAGGAUUCUUAGAUCGGACGGCGAAGAGAGGGAUUGUGUGUGGAUGGGUCCCACAGGUGGAUGUGCUGGGUCACCGUGCGAUAGGUGGGUUCGUGUCUCAUUGCGGAUGGAAUUCUAUAUUGGAGAGCUUAUGGUUCGGUGUGCCCAUCGCAGCGUGGCCAUUAUAUGGGGAGCAGCAUAUCAAUGCGUUUGAGAUGGUGAGGGAGUUGGGAGGAUUGGUGGUGGAGCUCAGAUUGGAUUAUAGGGGAGGUGAUGAUUUGGUGAUGGCGGAGGAGGUGGACAGAGCGGUUAGGUGUUUGAUGGAUUCCGAUUGUGAGGUGAGGAAGAAGGUCAAGGAAAUAGGGGAGAAUAGUAGGCGGGUUCUGAUGGACGGUGGAUCAUCGUUUACUUCUUUGGGACGCUUCAUUGCAGAUCUGAUUAAUGAGAGCUGAAGAAGUUGGCGUCAAAUGUGUCCCAAUUUGACGACUAAUUAAAAGAGUUUAUUUUCGAUGUCUUCUUAGAAUUAGUAAUAACCCCACCGUUCCCUCUUCCCCCCACCUUUUUUCUUUUUUAUUUUUUCCUAUUUUUCUUAGAAUAUAUUGCAUUUUUUUUUUUUUA